AUGAAGAAACACCCUUUACUGGAGGAACCAUCCCGCUCAGCAAGCUGGUUUCGGGAUCUCGCAUGCGUCAAUGGCGUGCUCAAGUUUAUUGAGAUGGAGAAUCCUGCUCCUCCUGAAAACAAGGAUGAUAUUAUCUCUGAUUCAGACUUGAUCAUGUGGCUUAAGCGCAAAGCUGUGGAUAGGAAUUCCGAGCAGCACCUGUCCUCCUUUAGGAAUGACUGGAGGGCUGUGACAUGGAGUAGGGAAGUUUCGCCGUCAUCGGCUAACUUUUGGCGGCAGACAUGCGCUACUCCUGUUGCUAAGAUAAAGGGUAGCGAACAGUUGUUGAUGAUGCUCAUAAAGGACACCCAACAGCUUGUGACAUUCAGGGACCUCUACUCAGCUUUCCCCAUCCUGAUCCCUGCUGAUAAUGAUCACGAUAUUCUUUAUCUCAAAUCUCUGGAGGAACCCAGUCAUCGGGAUGGAUGGGUGGCUGCUGUUGACAUAGGAAAGAAGGCACUGAAAGAGAUUGCACUGUAUUAUCUUCCGGAUGAUUGGUAUUACAGCCAUAGGUUUAACCCUGAACAUCCUUUCCGUGCAUGUACAUUGUCCAGCCAUAUGGAUAUUACUCCAGGCAUUCAAGUCUCAGCAUUUCGCAAGAUAACAGAGCCUAGCAGCUGUGCAGAUCAGCCAAGCAACAUCUCAGCUAGUGGUUUGCAGGAACUGAGCUCACCAAGGAGCAAACUCCAAAGGCUAUAGCAACUACCAACAACAGUGGAAGCUUUUGUCCUCUCUGCCGCAGAAACCUAGAAACAACUACCCAUCUCUUCACCGAAUGCCCUUUCAGUCUGUUAAGAUAUGGUCUUCCGUUGCCACUCAGCUUAAUCAAGAGGUUUUGAGACCACAGAACUGGCAGAAUGCGCAAGACAACUUUCAAAGUUGGUACAGGAGUCUGGUCGGACAACAAACCAAGGAGCGGCGCAAAACAAUCCUCACACUGGCCAACCUUGUUUGUUGGGAGAUUUGGAAAGAGCGGAACCGACGAAUCUUCGAGAAGGAAGAGAGGACGGCUAGUGCGAUGAUCGCAAAAACAUUAGAGGAGAUUCAGGUUUGGAGACUAGCUGGGGCGCCAAUACCUCUUGUCGCCCAAGUAGGAGGGACACCUUUCGAUCCCGGUUGAUUUUCUACUCCUUGUUUCCUUCUGAAGUUCCCUGUUUUGGGACCUCUAACUUUGUAAAUCAUCUCCUCUAAUGCAAUGAACACAGCAGCUCUCCUGCUGUUAUUCAAAAA